UUAGAUGAUAUAUUUUUAGAAUGUUAUUCUAUGAACCCAUUCUUGAUACAGGGCUGAUAAGAGCUUAUCAUCUUCUUUGAAUCCACUCUUGAUUAAGAGCUGAUGAAGAGUUUCUCAUUUCGUUGGAAAGUUUUAGAAUGUUCCUUUGCACUUUUUUUGAACUCGUAUAUAUUGGAUUUGUUAGCCAAUUUUAGAAUAAAAAGUCGUGUUUUAUAGUUGUGUUUACACAGCGGCUACCCGAAGCUGAGGAUAUAUUCCAGUUUACUUCUGUCAGGAAGGGAAGCUUUUGUUGAUCUUAGCCACUGUACUGCCAAUCACCAUCCAGGAUUCGUAUCAAAACUCAAAUCCGAAGUAGGAUUGGUGAAGGAGACUAGCAGGGCAGGCUUGCGGUUGGUUGGUUGGGCACUGGCAUCAUGGAUGCCCCGCCCAUCUGUGCCCGGACGAGGGGACACCCUCCGCCACAAUACCCCUCGUGUGACAGGUGGUUGCUCACGCACAACACAAUUCCUCGAAAACUUGACGCACCCGCUAGUGCUUAUGCUUGUGACUGUGAGGUGUUGACACUCUGUGAAAGGUGAUAACCACUGUCGCUGCUUGUUAAGGGUCGUUAUUGUUUGGUAUUGUCAAUCAAGCGCUGACGUUCUGACUGUGUGUGAAGGCUUCUAUGUAUCAGUGUUGACUGCAUGUUAUGUGAGUGAUUAAACCUGGAGUGAGGCCUCACUGUCGCCCUAGUGAAACGAAGCCUGCUUUAGUUAAGUGCUAACUGCUAUGGCUAAGUGCUAACUGCUGUAGCUAACUGAUAAGUGCCAAAGUUAAGUGCUAAUCGCAGUUGCUUAGUGCUGACUGCCGAAGAUAGAUUGUGACUACACUACACUUUAUUUUUAAUAGUACAGGUUACACUAAGGAUUUGUUAGUGAAAUAUUUUUUUAUAUAAAUUGUUGAGGAUCCAAAUAAUAAUUUGAGGUGUAUAAUAGUAGUUUUGAGAUUAAAUGAUCAAGAAGUGAGCUAGGGAUAACAAAUCUCAGAUCUUGGAAAAUGGAGCAGAUUAUUUUGGGAGGCGGUGGAGUUCCCUUGCCUGUGACAUCCUCGGGAAGUAUGGCAUCCCUAGGAUCAUCCUUGGCUACUCUCGCCCCCUUGGAGAUGCCCAGGUCGUCACCCUACCCAGGUCUCCUGGCAGGGGCAGAGUGGGGACUCUUAGAGACAACCGAUAUUACAAGAGAUUACGGAGGUCUCUUCUCCUCGUCCUUAGUGGAGUACGGACUUCCUCCUAUACUGCCAAGGACGCCGACGCCCCACGAUGUGCUGCACCCGCCUCACGACAUAGGUUACAUGCACUACAUCACACCUGCAGAGUACCCAACGCCCCUGACUCCUGAGAGCGACCCACCGUCUGAUGGUAGCGGUUCCCCUACUUCCUCGCCGCCCUCGUCAACCCACCUACUGCCCCCUGCCCAUACCUUCACCUCACAAUACGUGCCCACUUCACAGUUCACGUCCGCCUACCUGCCCACCCACACCGCCUCCUUCAGUAGCUUAUCACCACCCACUGACGACUUGGCAAACCUCUCAUCCGUCCUACCUAGCAGUGUCAGCACAUCUGAGCAGCAGGCAGCGUCGCUAGGUACAAUGCUGCCCCUAGCAGGACCUAGCGUGGGAGAAUUGACUUUUGGGAACCUGAGUAGUGAUGUACUCACCUCUCUUGGUUCCCUCGUCAGCGAACAUCGAACUGAGGUGACCCAAGAUUCCAACGAAAACACAGAAGAGGCUCUGAAGGCAGAUCUGCUGGGCAAGCCCAGGAAGGAACGAACCGCCUUCACUAAGCAUCAGAUCAGAGAGCUGGAGGCUGAGUUCCAGCACUCAAACUAUCUCACCAGACUCCGUCGCUACGAGAUUGCCGUCUCGCUCGACCUUACCGAGAGACAAGUAAAGGUGUGGUUCCAAAAUCGACGAAUGAAAUGGAAGCGAACUAAGAGCGGCCAGCUGGCUAUGAAGCGUCAACAGCAGCAACAACUGGAACAGCAACAUCUAGAAAAACAUCAAGAGGAGAAAGAUGCCUCCAGUCUCAGUGUUCAGAAGCCACAAGCAGAGGAGACGAAACCCAUGUUUCAAGUUUGCCAGGAACAGCACACAACCACCAACACUAGAGGCACCACUGACAGCAACACCACGUGUGAUACAAGCAACAUUAACAGCAUCAGCAGCAGCAAUAGCAACACCAGUAACAACAGCAAGCACAGCAGCAGUAGUAUUGAUACCACGCUACGAGACCCAGUGCUGAACCACCACGGAGUCUUAGGUGCUGAAACGACUCCACCAGUCAUCACCAUAACACCUCUUCAAAACAGUUCCCUGCAGGAUGCCUUCCCUAGUCUCCACCAUGCCCUCGCCCCACCUUCCCCAUCCCCAACACUAGCAACUACUCCCAUUCCUGGUUCCCUAGAAGAGGGAGACACCUACCGUAGUCUCCAACAGGAGCUACGAGGAACAACCACCUACCUCCCACCAGAGGACGAAUCAUGCUAAUGAUGCAUACGCAGCUUCGCUUAUUUUCUAUCUUAACUCAUUAUAAAUUUAGUAUUAAAAACUAAUCUCAUAUUUAUUUAUACGUUUAUAGAAUAAUAUAGAGUUACCAAUAUUGUUCUUGAUUCUCAACGUUUGAAUUAGAUAUUGCUCAGAAUACCCUUGGCAGUAAGUAGGCCGCCACCACAACACUGGACAAGUAGGACACCUCAGACCACCACAACGUAAUCCACAGUCUAUUCGGUUAUUAAUAUAUAUAUAUAUAUAUAUAUAUAUAUAUAUAUAUAUAUAUAUAAUUAUAAAUGACAUCAAUUUACAGGUUGCUUUUUAAAGACUCGACCCACCAUAGAAGUCAGUGACUUAAAAUACUGCAUAUUAGUUUUCUAUUAACUUAUAAAACGUUAUAUCUAAUAUUUGCUUACCUCUUGGUAAAUAUUUUUCCUAGAGAGGAGCUUUCAAACAGAUCUUGUUUUACUCUAGUUAUACCUAUCAAUAUAGUUAUCACUAGUUAUCUAGUUAUCACUAGUUAUCUAGUUAUCACUUGUUAUCCUUCCAUCACAUACAAAAACAGUGGUAUUUCUUAAUUCACAUAUAUUUACACUAUUUGACAACGAUACCGAAUGGUAUUCAUUAUUUUCUAAUGCACUGGGGUGUAAAACCUAUUAAAUAUAUAUAGUAUAUUUUUUAAGAUAUUCGCAGGUAAGUCAGCGAAAGGCCUCGGUCAUAUGACUAAAAGGGUGCACGAAGCUGGUCACUGUAUGAGAAAGAUCCGAGCCAGGAGGAAUUAUUAUAUUUUAUUCCAGGUAAAUCAAAAACAUAACCUUGUACAGAUAUCUAAACCACUUUAUGUCACUCAAUAUGAUAUAGUCCACAGUGGGAAAAACUACAAUACCGUGUCUGGAACAGUUCCCAAACGACUCUCACUUUCUAGAGGAAACUAGACGUUUCGAUCCGUCCUGGGGCCAUUAUAGAUCCAGGAACGAUCGAAAAGUGUUCUGAAGUUUCAUCUCCAUAGAUUGUUUGUGAUCAAUUCACGAAACUGAGCCAUAUGCCUAAUACAUUCAGUAACAACCCAUAAGCUUACAAACAAAAAAAUAAACAGUUUAUUAGAGAAAAAUUAUAAUUUUGUUAAGCGUAUACAUUUCAACAUUUCUUCGUCAUUUUCUAAAGUUUCUAUUUUUUAUAGUGAUAACGAACCUAUUGUUUUUUUAUUCAUUUUUUUACCCCAAAAUAUUUUCACACCGCCAACCUAUCGCUAACCUGUCCCAUAAAUUCUUCACAUUUCAAGAUAAAAUUAUAUAAGCGUUGCAAUAUAUUUUUUUCAAUACCUUGCCAUGUUCCUUUGCAUUCAAGACGAGGCGAUAUUCUAACCUAUUACCCAAUUUUAAAUCGUCAUAGUCAUUCAGAGACUUAAAGGAAUAUUACAACGAUAAUUAGUAGAGAAAACUUAAAACAAUACAGAUUUAUUUGCAUACAAUAUCAGACAUUAUUUUUAAGUAAUUAAAUGUAAUCGAGGAAUAUAUAUACAUUAAUUUAUUGCAACUUUACGAUAAUUAAUUUUUUUUGCAAUAUGCAGUACGAUAGUGUUUAUACAAUUACAAUUAUACAAUUAUUUGUCACCUGAAAAUUCGCCAUCUCUAGCAAAACAGCGAAGUAUAUUUAUGCUAAUUCUAAGUUAGGUAAAUUAUUUUAAUUUAGAAGACUAAAAUUUUGAAAACAUUGCUUUUAUUAUAUACUUGGAGAAGCGUUAAGCCCCUGGAGAAUAGAAAAUAAUCACGUUUAAUCCAAAUGAGAGAAGGAUAGCUCAAUUUCUUUGGAUCAAUUUUACCAGCGUCAAACCGGUUUUAUUGGAGUGUAAAUCUUUGCAAGGUUAGUAUUAGUAGGUAUUAGUUUCAGGGGAAAACCGACGUAUCUAGUAUUCAUAGAUUAAAUUUAAGUGGAACGUGAAUUAAUAGGCUUAUCAUAGCUUAUUGCUUGGGUAGCACUGAUAUGGGUUGGCCAAAUAUUUUUGUUAGUGGGUUUGAGUUUAUCAGUGACUUGCCUAGUAUGGGCCAGUAGGUCUGGAGAUAAAUGGUAUAAAAUACCGACACAAUGGAAGAAUAAAUAAAGAAGCAGUAUAAUGUGACCCUUUAUUGACAACGUUUCGCCCGUAUAGUGGACUUUAUCAAGUCACAGACUUGAUAAAGCUCACUGUGUGGGCGAAACGUUGUCAAUAAAUGAUCACAUUAUACUGCUUCUGUGUUCAUUUUGCCAGUAGGCCUCCUGCAGUGUUUCUUCUUUCAUACGGUCUUAUUACAAAAAAGGCGUAUGCACUGAUUAAGAUAUUUUUUAAGGAAAAAUUUGGCUAGGAACGACAUCUUCCGUUUUAUAAAGCAAAACGGAGCCACACGCGAAGGUACGUACCCUUAAUAAAUGUGUUAAUCAGUGCAUAGGUGACUUUUACCUACAACUUGUAAGUAAAAAACCACACGAACUAUCUAGUAUUUGCCUAAAUAUCUUUCAUUGUUUUCCGUUGGGGGAUGAAGGUGAAUCUCCAGGUACUCAAUGUAUUAUCGUUUGGCUUCACUUUAUAAUAUAUACUUGAGUG